AUGGAAGGAAAUGAAGAAAUGUCAAUAUCGUUUUCAGUUCCAACAGCGUCAACUUCAACUCCAAACGAGUCCUUUCUUUCACCGGAUAAAUUAGAAAACGUUGCGCUGUAUAAGGACAAAGAAGACCAAGGAUAUGUGGUUAGCACUCCUUUCAAAAAAUGUCUCAUUUUUCCUAAGACUCCUGAAAAAGAACCACCCAAAAGAAAACGAAAAAUAUUUCCAGCAGUUGUAUCCACUACACUUUACAGGGCCCAUUAUGAUAAUAUAACGUCUAAAAGUGGCCCUUCAAAACAAUCACAAAUUAAAAUAAAAAAGCCUGCAGUAAAGAGAAAAGUAAUAAGCGAAUCUGAAUCUUCUGCCGAUGAUGUUCCUUACUGUGAUGAAGAUCUAGAUGCGAGUGAUGUUGAAAAUUAUACGAUCAAGAAUAUUCAUGAUGGAGAUUUUGUUAUUAUCAAAUACAAUGGAAAUCUUUAUCCAGGAAAAGUGAUAAAAGCUAACCAGGAAGGAGCAGAAGUUUCGUCAAUGGAAAAAGCAGGCUAUGACUGGAAAUGGCCAGAAAAAGAAGAUGUAUUAUUUUAUUUUUAUGAGGACAUUAAAAAGAUUAUAAGGGAACCAUUAGUUAAAGGCAAACGGGGUUAUUACUCAGUACCAGAACUAUCUAGUUUUCUUUAAAGUGCGUUAUACAAUUUUUAAGUGAAACAUUUUUUUGUAGGACAUCACGGGCGUAGCCAGGUUUUAGUUUCGGGAGGGGUUUAAGAAAAUAAAACGACAAAAAGUACA